AUGGUUCGCCGACGCACUGCCGCCCCUCGCCCUUCAAUGCCGGUUCGUUCGGCAGCACCGUCUUCAAAUCGUGGUUAUCAACAGCAAAUGCCACCUCCACCACCACCUGGCCAACAAUCUAGGGGCCCUGGCCUCAUGGGCCAAAUGGCGGCCACCGCUGGAGGUGUAGCUAUCGGUUCGGCUGUGGGACAUAGCAUUGGCCAUAUGAUGACUGGAGGCGGACGGAACGAAGAUGCUCAACAACAACACGCCGCUGUCACUCAAGAACAGCAAUAUCAAAAUCCUUGCGAGUUCGAGUGGAAGAAGUUUUUGGAAUGCACCCAAAACCAGCAGGACCUCUCGAUGUGCCAGGCGUUCAACGACGCGUUUAAGCGAUGCCAAUCCGGGCAA